UUUCACUGACUGUACCUCAUUAUCUCCACUUUUGACGGCACUGUGGGUCAGACAAGGAUAAGAGAGGAACCAGGGAACCUCUCUCUCUAUUCGCAUGCAAACAAUAAGAUCGCACGCCAAUCGCUCGUUCCAAAAUAAAACGAAUGAGAACCUUGCGCGUUUUGUCGCUAUCAUUGAGACAGACGUAGUUCAUAUGCACUUUCUAAGGUUUCCCUCUACUUUAAGUUAUUGGUUGCGUUCAGAAAACAAAGCGCUUACUGAACGCUUAGUAAUUAUUGGUCCUUACUGUUAGAUCCUUUACAUUCGGACCAACAUUGACGAAUUACUCAACCGUUGUAUAACCGUUGUGUUUUCUGAACGCAGCCACUGUAUUUGGUUACAAAUGGUUACAAAUGGUACAAACAAGUAGAAGAACGAACACAGGAAAUUAAUAAAACAAACCUAUUCUGAAAAUGGGUCCUCCAAAACGUUUUAAGAGAGACAAUACUAAAUGGAAAAAGCGUAAAGAUGAUUAUGAUGAAUACAAUGAUGAGGAUUCAAUAGAUAGUAAUGAAGCUGAUGGUGUGCCAGAUGCAGCAAAAAAUGAUAUAGAAAAGCAAGAUGAGACUGCAAUCGAAGAUGAGUUUGGAGCAAAAGAUUAUCGCUUGCAAAUGAUUUUAAAACCAGAUUGUGCAUCUAGACCAUUAUGGGUUGCACCUAAUGGACAUAUCUUUCUGGAAUCUUUUUCUCCUGUAUAUAAACAUGCUCACGAUUUUUUAAUAGCAAUAUCAGAACCUGUAUGCCGACCUGAAUAUAUUCAUGAAUAUAAGCUAACUGCUUAUUCACUUUAUGCUGCAGUUAGUGUAGGUCUUCAAACAGAAGAUAUAAUAGAAUAUUUAAAAAGAUUGAGCAAGACUAGUGUUCCUGAUGGCAUAAUUGAAUUUAUAAAACUAUGUACAUUAUCAUAUGGAAAAGUUAAACUUGUUUUAAAACAUAAUAAGUAUUUUAUUGAAUCUCCGUUUCCGGAAGUUUUACAAAGAUUAUUAAAAGAUCCAGUAAUUCAAGAAUGUCGAUUGAGAAAAAUUGUAGAAGAUACAGAAGUUGAUGACAUUACUACAAAUAUUCAGACCAAAAUAAAAACUCAGUUUGGAGCAAAAUCACUCGCAAAUACAUUUGCACCUAGUAAAACAAAUCCAGAGACUCCUGAAUCUGGCCAAAUAUCAGCAGAAACAGCUAAUAUUCCAGAAGACAUAACUGCGUUUUAUAGUAAAAUUGAUAAAGAGGAUGAAGAUGAGGAAGAAUAUCAAGAAUUAAAAACAGUUAGCUUUGAAGUGAAUCAGGAAAAAAUUGAAGUUAUACAAAAACGAUGUAUUGAAUUGGAGCAUCCUUUAUUAGCAGAAUAUGAUUUCCGCAAUGAUAGUGUAAAUCCGGAUAUAAAUAUUGAUUUAAAACCGUCAGCUGUAUUAAGACCAUACCAGGAGAAAAGUUUGCGUAAAAUGUUUGGUAAUGGACGAGCUAGAUCCGGAGUAAUAGUCUUACCUUGUGGCGCUGGUAAAAGUUUAGUCGGAGUCACAGCUUGUUGUACAGUACGUAAACGCGCUCUGGUAUUAUGUAACUCUGGUGUGUCUGUCGAACAAUGGAAACAACAAUUCAAAAUGUGGUCUACCGCUGAUGAUUCGAUGAUUUGUCGAUUUACUAGUGAAGCAAAAGAUAAACCUAUGGGUUGUGGAAUAUUAGUAACUACAUAUUCCAUGAUUACUCACACUCAGAAACGUUCUUGGGAAGCUGAACAAACGAUGCGGUGGCUUCAAGAACAAGAAUGGGGUAUUAUGGUCUUAGAUGAAGUACACACUAUUCCUGCAAAAAUGUUCCGAAGAGUGUUAACGAUUGUUCAGUCUCAUUGUAAAUUGGGUUUAACAGCAACACUUUUGCGAGAAGAUGAUAAGAUUGCCGACCUGAAUUUUUUAAUUGGACCUAAAUUAUACGAAGCUAAUUGGUUGGAAUUACAAAAAAGAGGAUUUAUUGCAAGGGUACAAUGCGCUGAAGUUUGGUGUCCUAUGACUCCGGAAUUUUAUAGAGAAUACCUUGCUUGCAAAAUGAGCAAAAAAUUGUUAUUGUAUGUGAUGAAUCCAAAUAAAUUUCGUUGUUGUCAAUAUUUAAUCCGAUACCAUGAAAGACGUGGGGAUAAAACAAUAGUUUUCUCAGAUAAUGUGUUUGCAUUAAAACACUAUGCUAUUAAAAUGAAUAAGCCAUAUAUUUACGGUCCUACUAGUCAAAAUGAAAGAAUACAAAUAUUGCAAAAUUUUAAAUUUAACAUGAAAGUGAAUACGAUAUUUGUCAGUAAAGUGGCGGAUACUUCUUUCGACUUACCAGAAGCUAAUGUUUUAAUUCAAAUUUCUUCCCAUGGUGGAUCUAGAAGGCAAGAAGCGCAACGAUUAGGACGCAUACUUAGAGCUAAAAAAGGUGCGGUUGCAGAAGAAUAUAACGCAUUUUUCUAUACGCUUGUCUCGCAAGAUACAAUGGAAAUGAAUUAUUCGAGAAAACGUCAACGUUUUCUUGUAAAUCAAGGAUAUGCAUAUAAAGUUAUCACAAAACUCGCAGGCAUGGAUGAGGAACCAGAUUUGAUGUAUGCAAAUCGAGAAGAACAAGGUCAAUUGUUGCAACAAGUGUUAACAGCUAGUGAUACAGAUGCUGAUGAAGAAAAAAUACCUGGUGAAGGACCAAGACCAAUUGUGCGUAAAACUGGUACAAUGGCGUCAAUGUCAGGGGCAGAUGAUGCUAUCUAUUACGAAUAUAAAAAAGCUCCUAGUUCAUCAACAGCAAACAAACAUCCUCUAUUUAAAAAAUUCAGAACAUAA